AUGGCAAUCUGUCCCAUGAUUGCCAAUGUAGACUUGGAGACGACGUUGCAGAUCACGGAUCCCUUCCAUCCACUGCAAGAUUGGAAUGAGGUGUCGGGAACUGCCAUGUCACCGACCCAAGUUGGACCUAGUGGAUACCCUGUCAUCUUUGGUCACAACGAUGGGCCUUCUACUGGAAACGCCUUUGCGGCCUGGGAUUCAGGGACCGGUAAGCGACUCAAGACCAUUCAUUUGGACGCGUCCUCCUCUCGUUUACCAAUAUUUCAUCAAGAUUGGGAAGACAUGACCAUUGGAAGCUGUGGAGGAGGACCACCACCAAAUCAUGCAACUGAAUCAUCUUGUAUAUAUCUGGCUGACACGGGAGACAACCGAGCACAAGGAUCUGGUCAAGAGACGCAACGCCCAAAGAAUCGACCAUAUACAAUCUACAAGAUUCGAGAACCAAUACUAAACAAUAUAUCCGACAAUGCGACUCUGUCCGUGGAAGAGGAUGUUUCGAUUCUUCAGUUUGAUUACAGUCAUGUUACGUCUCCCACCACCUUUGCCAAUUGCGAAGCUAUGUUCUUGGACCAUGUUGGAUGGGGCGGAGAUGAUGGCAGUACUAGUAAUAGUGUGGGUGAUUUGUACCUGGUGACAAAGUGGAAUCAAGACAAGAGUCGGAUACUGAAUCGAUUGUUUCAGAUUCCAGCCUCCGCCUGGCCUCUUCCAGGCCAAGUGGCAACCUAUUCCCCCUUUGCCGUCGGUGAAUACAGUGACACUAACAGCAGUUCUCAAGGAACCUUUUACGACUAUACUUGGACGGGCGCCGACAUGUCCUUGGAUGGGACCAUGAUUGCCUUGACGUGGACCAAUGAAACCCAUAUCUUUCCAAGAUGUCCCAAUCGAACGGUAGCCUCAACAUUGGCCAUGUUUGAUACGCAUUCGUGCGUCCAUUACCAAAAUCCACCUACAGGUGCCAAUCCUGGCAAUCAAUACGAGGCAGUUUCCUUUUCGCCGGAUGGUGCGAGACUUUUCAAUUUGGCCGAAUCUUGGGAUCCCCCCAAGAUUGUGACUGUGGACUUGUUGUUGUUGCAACAACAGCAACAACAGCAGCAGCAACAACAGCAACAACAAGGCUCCAGUCAUAGCACUCGCAAUAGCAACAAGCAGCACCAACAGUAUUGUUCAGGAGGCUAUUAUAAUAAUCCACCAUUAUUAGGACUCGACGAUCCCAUUGUCUUGGAAGGAGGAGGCGACGACGAGACCAAUUUGAAGGAGGACCGAGAAUUCUCAUCAGAAGCAGGAUGGUCCACUAUGCCGCCGCCAAGCUCUCAGCAACUCCUCUUGCUGCUGGUUGCCUUGACUGCGACGAUACGGAUCCUUUUUCAAACCUAA